GUGCUAUUGCGAAUUUACAUUUCAUUCGACUUUUUUUUCACUUGACAGGUGUUAAUAAGCGAAGAAGUGAUUAAACUAAUCUAAUACCAUUGUUGACUAUGCAGUAGUAGAUCAAGCGCAUUCACGAAAUCUUUUUGAAUUCUUUUGAAUAUUCGACAAAAGUUUUGAAAAGUCAUUAGAUUUCGCAACGAAAUUUCGUACAAGAUAAAAAUAUAAUUAUCGUGAUCCACAAAAAAUUCUAUUGUGUAACAAACGAGCGGAAGAUAUUAUAAAAAUAUAAAAAUAUCUGACAGAUUGAAUCUGAGAAGAAAAAUAUGAAUUAUUUCGAAAAAGUAGUCAUCAAAAAUUGGAGAUUUUUCCAAAAGGCAGCAAAUCAUUUUCAAGGUCCAAUAAUAAACACAAGGGUUCAUCGUGUUUGGAAAAAACCUUGUCAAAUCCUGAUACAAACCGAAUCAGGAAAUUCGUACAGGGAUCACAAAAGCAGAGGUACAUUCAGAGACCGUUCGAAUUUUCUAUUGCCAGCUGGUGGGGUAUUGAUGAGUCUGUUCAAAUGGGGUGACGAGGAGGAAGAUCCAAUUCCUGAACUCAUAAUGACCCUCAAAAGAUCCAUUUGGUUAAUACAGAAAGAAGACUACAAAAAAGCUGAACAAAUGCUACACGUAGCCCUGAGACAGGCUCAAGCUCUUCAGCAUUACGAAGGAAUAACUUAUGUUUACGACAUCAUGGCAAAUCUUGCGUUUGAAGUUGGUGAUUAUAAAAAAGCCAACACUCUCUUUGUAUCAGUGAUGCAGAGAUUAAUUUCGACCGGCACUCCUAAGGACGACAUUAAAAUUGUUCAUAUUAGUCUGAAAAUGGCUAAGCUUUUCCAGCACAUGGGAGACCUUGAAAAAGCAGAGCAAGGCUACGAGUUUUGUUUGAAAAGUUUGCAAGACCAAAUGGAAAAAGAACCAGAAAAUGAGGACGUAUUGGUCUUGUGGGCCAUGAGUUGCGAUUGGUAUGCAAAAAUGCUCUUAAGCCAGUCAAAAUUCGGUACAGCACUGAAAAAUAUUGAGCAAGCUUAUAAAGUUUGUUUAAAAGUACACGGCCGAGAGCACGAACAAACGGUUGUAUUGCUCAAUGACCUCGGAACGAUAAGUUGCCUUGCGGGCGACGACGAGCAAGCGAUUAAUUAUCUCACGAGCGCAGCAGAAAUCGGCACGAAGUUACCUGAUAUGCAAGAUCUUGGAGCUGUUCACGUUAAUUUAGGAGGUGUUUAUUUAAAGAAAGGUCUUUACAAUGAGGCAAAAAAGUUUUGUGAAGAAGGCCGGAAAAUAGCCACUACCAGAAAUAAUCAAGAAUGUCUUGACGAAGCCAACGAAUGCCUCAAAACUGUCAAACAGUUUCUUAAAACUUAGAAAAAGAAAAAUAUUUAAAUCACUCUUAGGCAAACAUUAAAUUCAUUUUUUAUUUAUUGAUUCUUUAUGUCUCUUUUACUUUAUUCAUAUAUACAUAUAUAUGUAUGUAUAUUGUUAUUCUCGCUGGAAUAUGUACAUAAUGAAAAAAAAAACUUAAAACUCUAGUCAGAAUCGACGAUGAAUAUUUAUAUAUCUUAACAGUUUGCCUUCAACGAUAGUAAUAUAGUAAUAAUAUCAAUGAUCGAACACAGCCUGUGGGAAAUGAUAGUUACGCGAGAAUCGGCGGUCACGAGGUCAAUUUACAUUUGAAAAAAUAUAUAGUUUCAUCUCUUUUUAAUAGAACGAAAAAAAACUUUAUGAAAAUUUACAAACGGUUCAAUAGCUAUACAAAAAGGAUGCAUAGUAAUCGAAAGUCAAAAUUGUGUACACAUCUCGAAAAUACGUUUGAAAAACGUAUCAAAAAUAAGUUCGUUACUUUGAAGUCGAAAAAACAUUGUCGCAAUUGCUUUUCAAAAGAGAAAAAUAACAUUUUUGCUGUUGUCGCCAUGGAAAAUGAUAGUGGCGAAUUUGAUGAUUGUAAUGCUUAUUUGCUGUAUAUGUGUUUGUACAAAUGUUACUAUACAUUUCUACGUAUGAUACAUUGCGUUGAGAAAAAGGGAUAAAACUGCAGAAAAGAGGAAUUAGCCUGAAAAAAAUUCAAUUGAAGAGUAAAUUUAACAUUCAAAUUUUCACUUGAAUGUUCGUAGAUAUUGAAGAAAAACGAGUGAAUAUAACUACUCAAACAUUUUUUUGAUUCAAGGCAAAUCCUUUCUACAGCUUUUUUUGUUCAUCUCACACCAACUGACGAUCGGUUUUUAAUUAUACAAUAUCUCUGUAAAAAGGAUAAAAUAACUGGUAUAAUU